AUGCAAAAUACGUUGCAUCCUGAUAGAAAGGUGUCUCAGCCAGAUGCCGGCGAGGUGCACGAUCAAGAAACGCAUUCUAAAGAUGAGAUAAAACUGAAACUGAUAUCCGUGGAAUUGAAAGAGGCAUCCAUCGAUUCUCCUGCUUUUAGGGCCUCUGUGAACUAUUUUCACACGAGAAUUGAGCUGUUUGAAACCCAGUUGCAGAUGCAAUUGGAUUACACCGACUCUCAAUACAAGAAUUCUGUGAAGAGUUUCAGAUCAAUGUACGAAAUACUGUUGACGGGAUUUCUACCGCCAUCCAACUUAAUCGAGUCGACACUGACUGACAACCAGGCGUAUCUUCCCAAUUUGAUUGAUAAUUUCAGUACAGAUUACUAUUUUUUUGGUAUUGAAAUAUUUAAGUUAGUUGCUGGUGAUUUGAAUACGUAUACUUCCUUGAUCAUCAAUCUAAUAAAAACAAUAAUCGAACCUUAUAAACAGAAGAGAACGAAUUUCACUUAUUAUCAGUCCAAGUACGACAACAUGAUUGCUACCUUCCAAAGCAUCAACGUCCUGCAUAAUAAUCUGGAACCAGAAUCGAUAAUGGAAGAUUCGAUACAUAUAUAUGAUAUCAGAAAGAGUUAUCUCGAGGCUUCUCUAGAUUUAAUGGCAGAAAUAUUUACUAUGAGGGUGAAGUUUGACAAACAUCUCAUCGAUUUGGUGUCUGUCAUUAGGAAAUCAACACGGUUUAACAUUCUAGAUACAAAAAUAAAGGUCAACUUAUUGAAUAUUCAUAAGACUUUCUUUUUUGACAACGCAUCUGAGGAUUUCGAUGCUGUUGAUAAUUUCAUAGAUAUCAACGAAUUUCAAGCAUGGAUAAAGAAAGUUAUGGAUGUGAUCUCCACAGCAUCAGAUGAUUUAAUGGUAGUCAAAAACCAAUUAUAUGAACAUACUUUGCAAAGAAUUGCUCCUUCAAAAGACAUGCGUAAUUAUGUUAUUAAAGAUGUCAGCAUGGGAAUAUUAGAUAUAGUAAGGUCCAACAAUGCGAUGGUCACAGAUAUGAAAGAAUCUCCAAAUAUUUCCGGUUGGUUAUACAUGAAAACUUAUGUCGGUGAACAAAAUAGGUUGGUUUGGGUUAGACGUUGGUGUUUUAUUCAGAACUCUGUUUUUGGGAUCUUUGCCCUUUCUACAUCAAAGGUAUAUGUGGAAGAGACAGAUAAAUUUGGUGUUCUAAACAUAGAUUUGCGAUAUGAACCACUGUCUCAGAGAAAAUUCUGUUUCCACUUAUACAUUUCAAAAGAGAAAAAAGUCCAAAAAAAGAAUCUACACUCGAUUGCAAAAGAAACUGCAACUACUGUGGAACCAGAUAUUAUUGUUACAUUGCAAGCUGAAAGUUAUAAAGAAUUAAAAAAUUGGUUUCUUGUGUUUAAGCAAGCGAAGGCAUACGCUUCUAAUCUAUCUGUUGAUAAUGCUGAAUAUACAACAGCCCGAGGAAGAUAUCCCCCAAGAUAUCUCGAAUUUGCAUCGAAAUCUAUAACAUCAAAAGAUAAAGAGUUAACGACUGUCAACUCUGAUACCAUUUCUAUUAAAAAAACACUUAAUUGCGAAUAUUCUGAAUUUGACUUUUUAACCAUAUUUAAUAAAGACAGCAAUACUCAAGAACCCGCAUUCCAUUUUAUGGUAACAAGUCCUCCUAUAACAACAAGAUUCACUCAAUUAGCAUUGCUAACUAGGAUGAUACAGGCACCUCCAAAUUAUCCAGACGCCGUUUUAAUUAAUAUUUGGGGAACCACGGAUUGGCAUGAACAUUCUGUGACCAGAGGAGCUUCCACUACAAAUAAUAUCAUAAAGAAAAAUAACUCUUACUCAUAUAAUUCCAAUAAUUCAGAGGUUAAAUAUCCUAAAAAUUAUUCAGAGAGAGAUAUGAUUAUUACUAGUCAGUUCAAAAGCAUUUUUUAUUCUUUCAAUGAUCAAUAUUCAUUUGAUGAAGAUGAAUUUGUUUUAUUUAAUUACAGAGGAUAUUGGUGUCCGAAUAAACAUCAAGGAUUCACUUUAACUUGUUUCAUUACAAAUAAGUAUUUCUAUCAUUAUAUGGACACUCUAGGUUUUAUUAGUUUGAUGAGAAAAGAGAUUAAAGAUGUUAUAUCAGUCGAACAAGAUAAAAUUACCCCCAAUCUCCUUCACUUUUAUUAUUUGAAUGAAACCUCCGUCAGUCAGUAUAUUUAUUUUGAGAAGGCAUGUACAGUCCAAGCGAUAUAUAACUUCCUCUUAGAAAAUAAUGUGAGUCAAACCCCAAAGAAUAUUAAUGAAGUGCUUCAAACACUAAAGGAUAUACAAAAUAAUAUGAAUAAAACCCCUAGAAACAUUUCCAAGGUUCCAAAAUAUAGUAAUUUAGACUGUUCGUACUAUGCACAAGUGCCAAAAUCAUUUGACCCCAAUGGAAAGUUGAACAUUUUUAAAAAACAGUACCAUGUUCACUAUCGGUCAUCUUUUGAUAUAUCUCCAAAGGGUUUAUUGCACUGUUUGCUAGGUGACCAUUCGGAUAUUUUUAAGAAGUGCAGUUUAUUUACUGGGAAUGGAAGCAACUACAGCGGUAAGCAUUUUUGGAGAGAGCACUGGAAGAGUGCAGACUCUGUAGAACUAGUAAAGGAAUCAAAAGCACCCGUUGAGGAUAGUGACGAUAAAAUGAGCGGAACUAAGAAGGUCACUAGAUAUUAUAAUAUAAAUACUGUUGAUACCACGCUGAGAUUAACAAUGUUGAUUGAUGAUAAAUAUUAUGAAAUACAACAGGAUCCCAUCAUAUUAAAAUUUUCAUUUUGUAGAUAUUGUAAGAUACAAUUGAAAUACACAAUAUCAUCGAAAACUGCCGAAGAUCAGCAACCAAAAACUUUAUUAGUAGUCUUCCAUGACAUCAGCUUUCUUGAUCCGAAAACUAAUGAACCUGUCACUGAUCUAAGUCUCCAAGAGAAAAUAAUUAGAGAAUUACUAUAUUGUACCAAUGAGCAAUUAUUUCUGCAUGUUAAAAAACUUCUGAAGUAUUAUUUGGAUAAACUUGGUAACCAUGAUAGAACGACGAGAGCUAUAAAUUAUUUUGGGAUGAUUGCAGUUAUAAAGUCAAAAAAAGAUAAUGUCCAUUUAGAAAAGAGCACUGAGGAUCAUGAACAUAACAUUGUUGACAUAAAUAUAAGCGUUGUUCUAGCUCUUGCAUUCAAAGUUUACGUUGUUCGUUUUUGUAAGAUAUUCAAAACAUAUUUGAGAAUCGGAUGUAUACUUUUGGCAAAGCAGUUAUUAAGUCUAAUGUCGGUUAAUGUUUUGAUUUAUAUUACACUACUCUUCUCAUCAUUAACAAGCAUCUUUUAUAUUGGUAGGGGUAUUAAAGUGCAUGUUUCAAUGAAAAAAUCUCAUAACAUACUACAUAACUUUAUCUCAUCAUCAGAUUCAUGGAAAAUGCAAAGAGAAUUAAACAUUACUACUGUAAAAGAGUUAAUACAUAAUAUUACAGUGGAGGAUCCUGAUCUUGCAUUUGGGACGUUUAACAAAAUUGAUAAAGCUAAUUCUCGAACUUAUGCAGAAACCAAAAAAGAGUUAAAUAUCAAACGAAAUGAAUUACUUUUUGACCUUAAUAUGCUAGAAUCACUCGAACAAAAUCUUAUCCAAGGCAAUUACAGGAAAUUUUUAAUUCAAGAAGUUAAUAACUGUAACAAAGUUAAGGAUGAACUACCUAGCCACUGGAAUAAUGACACAAUGUUACAAGACUAUUGUGCAUCAUGUUCAGUAACUUUAGACAAAAUUUGUUCCUUACUAUUGUAA